AUGGUGGUUAAGGGCGCGCCGUUCACGUGGCGCUGGGUGCGCGCGUGGUGCGCGGCGUGGUGGAGCUCCAGCCGCGAGGAGGAGUGCGCGCCCGACCUGGAGGACACGCCCAGCGACAUGGGCUACGCCACGCCCGUCAGCGUCGAGACGCCGCUGCAGUCCAGCGUGUCGCGCUGCACCUCGCUCAACGUCAUCCGAGACCCCUUCAGUGCGGUGCACACGCCCACGCGCCACGGCCACGCCCACGCCGGCCGCCUCGCCGCGCGCUCCGUCUCCAGCGACUCGGUUUACACGAUCUUGAUACGGCUGCCACCGGACUCGGCGAGCUGCGACUCGACGGCGGACCAGCCGUCCAUCAAGAUGAUCGCGGACGACGGCAGCGGCGCGGCGGCGGCGGCCAGCGGCCUGGGCGGCGCGGGGGCGGCCGGCGCGCCGGGGGCGGCGGGGGCGGGCGCCGGGGCGGCGGCGGCGACGCUGACGCCGCUGCGGGGGCGGGCGGCGGCGGCGCGCGCCGACAGCGGCGACUACUCUCUGAGCCUGCACCCCGCGGGCGCCCCCACGGCCUUCCCGUCGCCCGCCGCGGCGCGCCGCCCGUCACACAUGCCCGACAUUCGCAUUCCGCUCAACGCCAAGAUCAUCCCCAAGCAGCUGGCGCCCGGCUCCAAGGCGCUGCUCGCCAACGCGGGCCCCAAGCUGCAGCAGCACCCCAAGAAGAAGAAGAAGACGCAAGAGAAGAAGGCCGACAAGAAGGCGGCCAAGACGCUCUCCGCCAUCCUGCUCACCUUCAUCAUCACGUGGACGCCGUACAACAUUCUAGUCCUGCUCAAGCCUCUGACCGCUUGCACCGGGUGUAUACCGGAAGAAUUGUGGGAUUUUUUCUACUACUUGUGUUACAUCAACAGCACCAUCAACCCCGUGUGCUACGCUCUCUGCAACGCGUCCUUUCGGCGCACCUACGUCCGUAUUCUGACGUGUAAAUGGCACAACCGCAACCGGUGCGCAAUGAAUCGCGGAUUCUACAACUGA